UUUCCCACUAGGAAGACUUUUGUGUGUUAGUUAACAGAGAAACCUGGUGAAACUUACAGGAUUGAAGGUGAUUCUGACUCUACAAAAAAACAAAACAAAAAAACAGUGGUGAAAGUUUCGUUUAGUUAAAACUUGUAACAAAAUAACGUUACCGAUCAGAAAUACUCCGCCUAAUACGUUGAAACUGAAAAACGGUGUGCCCUCCUUUUUUACACGUGCAACAUGGCUGGAGGAAAUCGUAAGUACGGUAAGAAAGAUGGGGACCGUUAUGACGGGUCAAAAAAAAAGUUUGCUGGCAAAAAACGCAAAGAAUUCGAAGACGAAAGUAAUUAUGAUGAAGGAAUUCCAGACGGAACUGAAGCUGAAGGGGUACCAGAAGCUGCAAAGCACAACAUAGAAGUUGAAGGUGAACGGCAAGGAGAAGAUGAAUAUGGGGCAAAAGAUUACAGAGAUUUGCAACUUAAGCCAGAUCACAUGUCCCGACCACUGUGGGUUGCACCCAAUGGCCAUAUUUUUUUGGAGUCCUUCUCACCAGUCUACAAACACGCUCAUGAUUUUCUCAUUGCAAUAAGUGAACCAGUUUGCCGCCCAGAACACAUCCAUGAAUACAAAUUGACAUCAUACUCAUUGUAUGCUGCCGUCAGUGUAGGACUUCAAACUCAUGAUAUCAUAGAAUAUUUGAAACGUCUUAGUAAAACAGCAGUUCCUGAUGGAAUUGUGGAUUUUAUCAAAAUCUCUACCCUCUCAUAUGGCAAGGUCAAAUUGGUACUGAAGCACAAUCGAUAUUUUGUUGAGUCCCAAUAUCCGGAUGUCAUCCAGAAAUUGCUAAAAGAUCCUGUGAUUCAAGAAUGCAGACUUCGUCAUAGUGUGGAAACCACUACUGAUGGGCUUAUCACUCAAGUGCAAUCUAAAGCAACAUCCAUCCAAUUUGGAAAAAGCACUUCAGGAGAGGAUGCAGCAGAAGAUGCACAGGCAAGCAGCAAACCAGUGCCAGAUGACAUUACAAAUUUUUAUGAUAAAAUGGAUAAGGAUGAAGAUGAUGACGAUGAUGGCUCCCUUCAAACUGUCGCAUUCGAAGUGAAUCAAGAAAAAAUUGAAACUAUUCAAAAGCGAUGUAUUCAGCUGGAAUUUCCCUUGUUAGCGGAAUAUGAUUUUCGCAACGAUACCCAUAAUCAAGAUAUUAACAUUGAUUUGAAACCUGCUGCUGUAUUGAGACCAUACCAAGAGAAAAGCCUGCGCAAAAUGUUUGGCAAUGGUCGUGCUCGGUCAGGACUCAUUGUCUUGCCGUGUGGUGCAGGAAAAAGUUUGGUUGGUGUGACGGCCUGUUGCACAGUCCGAAAAAGAGCUUUAGUUCUCUGCAAUUCUGGAGUUUCAGUCGAACAGUGGAAAGCACAGUUUAAAAUGUGGUCAACUGCUGACGAUAGUAUGAUCUGCCGUUUUACGUCCGAUGCAAAAGAUAAACCACACGGAUGCAGCAUUCUGAUUACCACGUUUAAUAUGAUAACACAUCAACAAAAACGUUCGUAUGAAGCAGAUCAAACCAUGAAGUGGCUUCAAGAGCAAGAAUGGGGAAUCAUGGUAUUGGACGAAGUACACACAAUUCCAGCUCGCAUGUUUCGACGUGUUUUGACGAUUGUACAAGCUCAUUGUAAGCUUGGUUUGACCGCCACGCUUGUCCGGGAAGAUGACAAAAUCGCAGAUUUAAAUUUUUUAAUCGGACCAAAGUUGUACGAAGCCAAUUGGUUGGAAUUGCAGAAACGUGGAUUUAUUGCACGCGUACAAUGCGCUGAAGUAUGGUGUCCUAUGAGUCCUGAAUUCUACCGCGAGUAUCUUGCAUGCAAGUCUGCCAAGAAAAUGCUGCUUUUUGUCAUGAACCCGAAUAAGUUCCGGGCUUGUCAGUUCCUCAUUCGCUACCACGAGCGUCGAAAUGAUAAAAUCAUUGUUUUCUCCGACAACGUGUAUGCUCUCAAGCAUUAUGCGCUUACCAUGAACAAGCCUUUUAUUUAUGGCCCGACAUCACAGAACGAAAGGCUUCAAAUUCUUCAGAAUUUUAAGCUAAAUCCAAAAGUCAAUACUAUUUUUGUCAGUAAAGUGGCUGAUACUUCUUUUGAUUUGCCUGAUGCCAAUGUGUUGAUUCAAAUUUCUUCACACGGUGGCUCACGGCGUCAGGAGGCUCAGCGUCUUGGUCGUAUUCUUCGAGCAAAGAAGGGUGCCAUCGCAGAGGAGUAUAACGCGUUUUUCUACACCUUGGUGUCACAAGACACUAUGGAAAUGAGUUUUUCCCGAAAACGCCAACGUUUUUUGGUGAAUCAAGGAUAUAGUUACAAAGUUAUCACCCGCAUGGCAGGAAUGGAUCAAGAUCAAGAGUUACAUUACAAAAACAAAGAGGAGCAAACAAAUCUUUUGCAACUAGUCCUUACUGCGUCAGACAUGGACGCAGAUGAAGAGCGUGUUCCCGGAGAAAUUGGUGGUCGACCAGGUCCAUUCGGACGACGAGUUGGAACAAUGGCAUCAAUGAGUGGUGCCGAUGACGCAGUGUAUAUGGAGUAUAAACGUCCAUCAGCUUCCAGUAACUUAUCUAAACACCCUUUGUUCAAAAAAUACCGUAUGAAGUAAUGGUGUCUAAAAUAAGAAAAUGUGAUCUUCAGAAGUUUGAAUUAUCUUGAAUAAAUGUCUAAAGUGGUUUGUGAUAA